GCCUCGCAGCGGCGGCGACUAAACGCAGGCGUUUUCCGUUGGGUCCUGGUCCUGUGAACCGACGACGGCCACUGAGCCCUCCACGCCUGCCCCUCCGGAGCCAGGGCCCGCUCAGCCGGCGUCACCAUGACCAAGUCGGGCAGCAAGGGCGGGAACCUCCGCGACAAGCUGGACGGCAACGAGCUGGACCUGAGCCUCAGCGACCUGAAUGAGGUCCCCGUCAAGGAGCUGGCUGCGCUUCCAAAGGCCACCAUACUGGAUCUGUCCUGCAAUAAACUGAACACCCUGCCGUCGGAUUUCUGUGGCCUCACGCACCUGGUGAAGCUGGACCUCAGCAAGAACAAGCUGCAGCAGCUGCCGGCCGACUUUGGCCGCCUGGUCAACCUCCAGCACCUGGAUCUCCUCAACAACAGGCUGGUCACCCUGCCCGUCAGCUUCGCGCAGCUCAAGAACCUGAAGUGGCUGGACCUGAAGGACAACCCUCUGGAUCCUGUGCUGGCCAAAGUAGCUGGCGACUGCCUGGAUGAGAAGCAGUGUAAGCAGUGUGCGAACAAGGUGUUACAGCACAUGAAGGCCGUGCAGGCGGAUCAGGAGCGAGAGAGGCAGCGGCGGCUGGAAGUGGAGCGAGAGGCGGAGAAGAAGCGGGAGGCCAAGCAGCGAGCGAAGGAGGCUCAGGAGCGCGAGGUGCGGAAGCGGGAAAAGGCGGAAGAGAAGGAGCGGCGGAAGAAGGAGUACGACGCCCUCAAGGCUUCCAAGCGGGAGCAGGAGAAGAAGCCCAAGAAGGAGGCAAAUCAGGCCCCGAAAUCCAAGUCUGGCUCCCGACCCCGCAAGCCACCGCCCCGGAAGCAGGCUCGGUCCUGGGUGGGGGCUGCGCCGCCACGAGAUCCUCCGGUGGGUCCUGCAGCCCGACUCCCAGCAGUGAGCCGGCCCGGCCGCUGCGCCUCCCAGCCUCGGAGCUUGGAUUCCUAUGGAAUUGGGUUCUGCUGGACACAACCUCUCUAG